CUGACAACCUUUCCAGUCGGAAAGUCAGUGAACGCACCACCUGAUCACGCGCGCCGACUUUCAGUUGUGGGCCCGUGCGUGUUUGUGAGUCCCUGCCUUCUUUGUGAGUCGUUGCGUGUUUGUGCGUGAACUGUCGCUGAAGCCCCUGAAAGUCUGAACUUCCGGGAUGAACGCGCUGCUGCGGCGCUGCGUUUGGCGGUGGGCUGUCACGCGCAGAGGUUUCCAUGUUGGAGCUCGGCUGACGACCUUCGACCUCAGGAAGAUUGAGCUGACGCCUCUGGAGCAGCGGAAGCUCACCUUCGACUCUCACGCCAUGGCGGCGGAGCUGGAGACCAGCGGUUUUGAGAAGCAGCAAGCGGAGCUGAUAGUUUCAGCUCUGGUCACCCUGACAACGGCCAACAUGGACAUCGUCUACAAAGAUAUGGUGACCAAGGCCCAUCAGGAGAUUGCGGUCCAGCAGAUCAUGUCUCAUCUGGACUCCAUCAGGAAGGACAUGGUGAUCCUGGAGAAGAGCGAGUUCUCCAACCUGCGCUCUGAGAACACAAAAAUGAAGCGAGAGCUGGAGCAGCUGCAGAACAGACUCAAGGAGGAGACAGAGAAAGUCAGGGCAGAAACCAAGCUGGACAUCAACAUGGAGAGAAGCAGGAUCUCCGACAUGUUUACUGAACAGGAGAAGAAGCUGAUGGAGGCCACGUCUGAGUUCCACCACAAGAAAGCCGACUUGGAAAACGACAACAUGGAGAUCAACAAGAAGAUCGACCUGCAGGUGGCGUCACUAAAAACCGUCCUGGAGUCCCUCAAGCUGGAGACCAUCCGGUACCUGGCAGCGACGCUGUUCUCCUGCUUGGCCAUCGCUCUGGGGUUCUACAGACUGUGGAGGUGAAGGAGGUCCAUCAGAACCUCUUCAAAUAUGUUUUCUACCACUGCUACACCUUCAAGGAGAUCUUUGUGGGUUUUAUUUCAUUUGAUCGACCUCUCCUGAAGUGACUUUUUAUGUUCCAGCUUUUCAAUAAAUCUAUUCUGUUUUGUGAUGAA